ACCAGUCUUUUUUGCCUAUCCGUACCGUCAGCAUCAAAAAUCAAAAAUGUUCACAAAAGUGUUACUGUUAUUACUAGUUUUAUCUUUCACAUCGGCACGUGAAGAUAUGGGUGUUAGAUACGUAAUGAGGUUAUACGAGGAUUGUCAAAGAGCAGACGGGGUGUUACCGUGUUUGAAGAAGAAGGCCAUUUUAUUCUUCGAUAGGGCAGCGAGGACGGACGCUAUACCAUUAAUCGAUGGUAUAGAUAUAGUGAAGACGUCUGAACCUGAAGUGUCACCGAUCAGUGAGAACGAUAUCGAAAGCAGUCUCCCCAGGAACUUGGCUGAUAAAAAUGAAGCGCUAUCAGAUAUGCUUUGGGAUAGAAUCGCGUCGUUUGCUAAUUCGAGGACUGUACAACUGUCGUUGCCAAGGAUCACUGGUCAGGAUUUAAAUAAAGGCGUUGAAGAAGGUCGAGGAAAGAUGAAGAAGAUGAUGAGCAUGAUGAUGAUGGGUGCCAGCAUGAAGAUGGCAGCAAUGAUACCAUUGGCGAUAGCUGGUCUGUUCGUGUUAGCUGGAAAGGCGUUAAUCGUUUCCAAGAUUGCUCUACUCCUCGCCGGCAUUAUGGCCUUGAAAAAACUGAUGUCACAGAAGGGAGGCGGCGGUGGUGGUCACGAGAGCCACGGCUGGUCAUCAGGAGGCAGCAGCGGCGGAUGGGACCGCAGAGCUUACAACGACGCAUCUAACCUAGCUUACUCAGCUUAUAAAAAAGACUAAGAUAAGAUAAGUUAGGCCAGAUGAAAGCCAAGAUAAGAUAGCUCUUAGUUAUUUUGGUUUAUUUUACCCCCACCUUUUAUUUUGUUUUAUUUUCUUUACACUUUUCAUUUACGUAUAUUGACUAUUGGUCAAUUCUGAGUACUUUUUAUUAAAAGGCUUUAUUUAUUUUAGACUAAGUGGGAUUAAUUAUUUGUUAUUAUUUAUGAAAUGACUGUGCCUGAAUACUCAUUAAUUUAUUGAUUUAGUAUGUAGUUAAUAUAAAUUUAUUAAAUAAAAAUAAAGUAUACAACCAGAGGAACUUGGGUUAUGCUUUAUUUAAAAUAUUUUUAAUGAGUGUUUUAUUUAAUAAAUAAAACAACAAAAUGAGUCACAGACUCGUUAAAUGCAUUUGUAUGAAAAGCUGUGUUUUUAAAUAAAGAUUGGAAACU